UUAUGUUGUUAUUCGUGCGCAUGUAAUUCUCACAAAAGUUGACAAAAUGUUAAAAAAAAAACAGUUUUUACAGUAUUCUGAAAUCCCGCGCAAUCUCGCGCGAGUUUACGCACUUCUUCUCACCUCCCAUUUCCGCUCUGAAUUUUCACAUUCCCGCCAUCAUCGGCUGCUCGUGUGACUCGCGCGCAGAAAUCAUCAUCAUCAUACCCGGCGAAACUCACACACCGCCAGAGAGAGUUACAUUAAGAGGAUAUAUUCAUCCCCCAGCGCUUUCUUUCAGGAAUUACCCUCCCGCAGGAUCAUUGGCCUCUACGUGUGCCGGAGAUCGAGGAGGUCCUGAUGUCUGUCUCCGGGCCCAGACUGACCAGCGGCGGCCCGGUCCGCAUACGCAUCCGCUGUGGAGAACUGGGAACCACCAAAUGGAGAGAGGGCGUCUUCGAAAUCCACGAGAGAGACAACAAAAUAAACCUGCAAGUGAAGUUCAACAGCGGCGGAGCGCCCAGGAUGUUCCAGCUGAAUCACAAUGUAAAGCAGGUUUCGUGGUAUCAAACGCACUGCCCGACUCGAAUGACUUUGACUCUGAAAGACUCGAGUGUUGUCAUGAUGGAAAAAAUGAACAUGUUGGUGGCAAAAAAAAUGAGGGAAUACCUUGAGAAGGUCCGGCUCGGCAAACCAGCAGUAUUAAAGACGAACCAGGGAAGUGCUAGUUUUGGAUUAGUUCUUGGGAAUCGCGCGGCACAGAACGACUCGGCUCUUUCUCCAUCAGAUAAACAGACCCCCCCGAGGCGUCCCAGCCUGGACAGCAGAGAGGACGGCACCCCCCGAAAGCCCCUCGCGAGCCCCAGCCGGGCCACAGCCACGCCGGGCCGGACCGGGCUCUCCGAGAACAGGAGUGAGAAGAGGAAGCGGCUGAUGACCUCUGACGGAGAUCUGGCCGAGGACUAUCCCAAAGAGAACGACUCCUCUAGCAACAAUAAGGCCAUCACAGACGCGUCUAGGAAGUUCCUGCUCAGCUGCAAAGAGAAGCUCAAGCAGUCGGAGGAGAACCGAGCGUCGGCUCCACACACUCCUGCUCCUCUUCAGCCAACGUCCUUCUAUGGGGGCCGAUCAGGGAGUAAAGACUACACACAGACACACUCGUUUCUGGACAGGCCCAGCAGUGCAGGCCAGUGUCCAUCUGCCAAAAGAAGCCUGAUGUUACCCAAUCACUCCACUCCCUUUAAAAAGGUGCGCCCGACUCUGGACUACGGCGGCUGGAACAAGCCCAGGCCGUCCGCUCUGGCUCAGCCUCAGCCGCCUCUGCAAGGAUUCUCCAAUCUGGGCAACACCUGCUAUAUGAACGCCAUCCUGCAGUCCCUCUUCAGCCUGCCCUCGUUCUCCAACGACCUGUUGAAGCAGGGCAUCCCGUGGAAGAGGGUCCCCGUCAACGCCCUCCUGAAGCGUUUUGCUCUUCUGCUGGCGAAGAAAGACGUGUCUCCUCCAGACGUGAAGAAAGAUCUCCUGCGGCGAGUGAAGAGCGCCAUCUCCUCCACAGCGGAGCGCUUCUCCGGGUACAUGCAGAACGAUGCCCAUGAGUUCCUGAGCCAGUGUCUGGACCAGCUGAAGGAGGACGUGGAGAAGGUGAACAAGAGCUGCAAGAGCGAGCCGUGGGCCUGGGACGAGCCUCAGAGCGCGCGGCUGGCGGAGGAGGCGGAGCCGUCGCGCGUCUACACCUGCCCCGUCACCGUCAACAUGGAGUUCGAGGUGCAGCACACCAUCACGUGCAAGAGCUGUGGAGAAGCGGUGACGAAGCGUGAGCAGUUCAACGAUCUGUCCAUCGACCUCCCUCGACGCAAGAAGACGCUCCCGCUGAGAUCCAUCCAGGACUCGCUCGACCUCUUCUUCAGGAUGGAGGAGAUCGAGUAUUCCUGUGAGAAAUGCAGUGGAAAAGCAGCGACCGUCUCUCACAAAUUCAGCCGGCUCCCCAGGGUGCUGAUCCUCCACCUGAAGCGCUACAGCUACAACACUCAGCUGUCCCUGAACAGCAAGCUGGGCCAGCAGGUGUUGAUCCCCAGACACCUGACGCUGCUGUCCCACUGCACCGAUGCCACGCGGCCCCCCCUCAGCCUCGGCUGGAGCGCGCAGGCCGCCCUCUCCAGGACCCUGAAGACGUCGCAGUCCGUCAACUCCUCGACACUACGGAAGGGUUCUGUGAAGCCCGAGAGCUCGGGGAGUGUGUUGUGCGACUCGGACAGUGAGGAGGAGCUGGUCAGGAAAGUGGGUCGCAGACUUCAUCCAGAGGAAGACCGGACGGAAGAGUCUGAAAGCAUGAAUGACGAGGAGAUGCUGGCGGCGGUGCUGGAGUUUAGUCGCCACGACACCAGCCUCCCCGCGGGCCCCGAGGACGAGCCCACCAGCAGCCCUGACACGGGCUUCGGGGACGCGGAGGGACACGAGCCCGCGCAGCACCUGGACCUGCUGGAGCCGGAGAAGCCGCCCGCGGAUGCUCUGGAGUCUCUGGAUCUGACCAUGGAUGAGAACAAGGAGAACGAGACGCCCGAGGGAGCCCCGGGCGAGCUGGACUGGGUGCAGCAGUUCAGUCUGGAGCAGGAGCGUGAGGAGCAGGAGCUGCAGCAGGCGCUCGCCCAGAGCCUGCAGGAACACGAGGCGAGAGAGAUGCGAGAAGAUGAUGACCUGAAGAGGGCCACAGAGCUCAGCUUGCAAGAGUUCAAUAACUCCCUGCCUGAGCUGCUGUGCUCCGACGACGACUCGGGCAACGAAGACGGCCUGGAUAUGGAGUACAGCGAGGCUGAAGCGGAGGAGCUCAAGAAGAACGCUGAGACCGGAGAGCUGCCCAACUCGUUCCGGCUCAUCAGUGUGGUCAGCCACAUCGGCAGCAGCUCCUCGUCAGGGCAUUACAUCAGUGACGUGUACGAUAUGAGGAAGCAGUCGUGGCUCACCUACAACGACCUGGACGUGUCACGCACGCAGGAGUCCACCGUGCAGAGGGACCGGGACCGCAGCGGAUACAUCUUUUUCUACAUGCACAAAGAGGUGUUCGAGGAGCUGUCGGAGCUGGAGAAGGCCGGAGGGAACGGUGACGCCGCACGCACAGUCCUGCAGCCGCUCUAACAUCCCAUAAUGCCCCUGACCUGAGCCCAGGGUAAAGCCUCAGCCCUCAUCAGCGCUACUGAAGACCACACACACACUCACCCCUCCUGAGGGCACUUCUCUCUCUCCCUGUGGACGCUGUAGACUUGCGUUUAGAUGGAUACAUGUUCUAGAAACUCAUAGAGGUGCAAAAUGUUUAUGGGGAGCAGCAAAGAAAAAUAAAUAUAUGAAUAUAGUUUCUCGAAAGGUGCAACUCCAGGACGGAAGGAGUUGCCGCUUAAUUUUCUCUUUUGUUUGCCUUUAAUAUGAGAAGUCCCUUUGGUGAACUUCUCAUGCAUUAAAUAUUUGAAGCGUGUUUCUCUAUGAAAUCUUCUUUGUUCUUCUUUCCCCUCUGCAGAUUUUUAGAUUCCCUUCCUGGUCUAUUGCAUACAAAACUUUAUUCUUGUAUCUGUGUGUGUGGGAUAUUGAGUACGGGGGGUGUGUGUUUCUCGUUUGAUAUGCAGCUGGAAAUGUGGUGCAAUAUUUGCUUUCGCCGGUCGGCUUUUAUACAGCGACGAGAGAGCGGCUCGGUUUAUACUCAAGGCUUCACUGAUGACUGUUUGUUUUAUUCUCAUUUUAUAAAGCGUUAUUCUAACAAGCUCAAUGGUAUUGAUGACGUAGCUUGUCUUUUUUUAAAGAUGGCCCCUGACAGACCCAGUGAAGCGUUUAGUUUUCCUUCUGUUGAGCUUUAUGUGGAGUUGCACAGCCGUCGUGUAGAAAAGUGUGUGUCUUCAGGAAGAAGUGAAACGUUCAUACACCUUUACUGGAUAUAGAGAGCAUGCCAUGUGACUGUGUCAGCUGAUGUUAUUUAUUUUAGGAUGUCUGUAAGUCUUGUUUCCAUGUGUCCGGUCACCACUUUAUUCAUGUCUUCUGUUGGGGUCGUCUUGAGGAGAUUGUGUUUCUGAAACAACAGUGCUAUAAGCUCUACUCGAUUGCUUAGUAAUUCAGUCUUUGGAUUCCUUGAACACAUUUUAAAAUAAAACUGAUUUAGAGAAACGAGUGCUGGUGUGUGUGUGUCACGUGUGGUGUGCGUAUCUCUUGGUGAGCGGCUCGAGCCGGCUGCCCGUGAGCCUGUUGAACUCGCUGAGGACGUAGCUCUCCUUCUGCUGCAUCUGUGUGUGGGACAGAGAGAAGACGUGUGUCCGUCAGGCAUCACUCUUACAAACUUUAUUACACACAUAAGGCAUUCAAAAUACAAAUUACUAUGGAUUUAAUAAUAUAUAUAUUAAAUACAAAAUUUAUAAUGCCUAUUAUUGUUCAAUAAAUAAGUUUUCAACUCA